UUCAUGCUGUAGCGCAGGAGUACUAUAUUGUACACAAUAAUUUAACCAAUCAAUAGCGAUUACGUAGUUACCGCGUAGAUUUUGCCGCGCAAACGUUACGUCGCUUACAAAUAAUUGGUAUAAAUAUAUUUUGCCGAUUUUUGACGCUAUAAACUUAUAAACAAUGAUUGAGUCUGAUCAAAGUGACAAAGACACUCGAGACGAAAUGCCUUUAGAAGAUUCUGACAAUUCUAUGGAUACAAAUGAGCAUAAACAAAAAAGGUUGCGAGAGGAGACCUCAGAAGAUGAAAAAUCAGAUUUACCUUCAAAGAAACUAUGCACAUCUAUUGAUGAAACAAUAUUUGAAAACAACUUGGAAGCAAAUGGUGUUGCCAAAAAGAUAAAAGAAAAUACAAAGGAUACAGAUGUUGAUAAUAAAAAGGAUAAAGUUAAGUCAGUUUCAGAUGAAAGUACAAAAGAAUUAUGUGUUGAAGUAUCUGACGUUAAAAACAAUGAAACUUCAAUCAAUAAUGAUGUUGCAAUGGAAAAGAAAGAUGAGCCUAAUAUCUUAACAGAUGGAAAACAACAGGGAAGUACACGCAUGGAAUCUAUAUCUGAUCUUAAUGUUGAAAAUGCAAUAGAAAGAAAGACAGAAGCGAAAGAAGAAGAAAAAGAAGAGGCAGAAGCAGAUAAUGUUAAGUCAAAAAAGAAAGACAAGAAGUCCCAAAUUGAAGAUGCUGAAGUAGUAGAAGGUUUGGAACUUUCUGUAGAAUGUGCAAGUGACAAAGAAUCUUCAAGUUCUUCUGAAAGUGAAAGUGGGAAAGAUAAGAAACUUAAAUCAAAAACUAUAAUUAUCAAAGCAAAACCUAAUGAUUCAGAACUUGAUGUUAGUUCCUCUGAGGCAGACAAAUCAGAUUCACAAGAUACACCUGAAAUUAAACCUAAACAAAUUGCAAAGAAAGAGAAAAAAAGAAGUAGGACUUCUUUCAGCAAAACAAAAAAUACUGACUCUGAAGAGAAUGAUGAUGUUUCAGAUGAAGAUUACAGUCCAAAAACUAAAAAGAAACUCAAAAAGACAGUAGCAAACAAAAAAUCUACAAAAUCAGUCACAGAAUCAAAAAAAGGACGAGGCAGAGGAAGAAAGAAGAAUCAAGUUGAGGAUAUGGAUGGCGAAGAUGAAAAUUCUAAUAUAACAGAAGACCUAAAGUCAGAAGAAAACAUAUCCGAUUUAAAAUCAGUAAAAAGCAAAAGUGAAAAUGAAAGUGACAGUGAAGAUAAUUCUACAGAUGAAAAAAGUAAUAGAACUGAAAAUGAUAAGAAAAUACAAGUAUUAAAAAAAUAUAUUAGACUUGCUGGAAUACAUGUGAAAUCAUACAAUGAUCUUUGGGCUGGUUGUAAAUCAAAUGCUGCAAAAGUAAGAUGUCUUAAAGAGUUAUUAGCAAAAAAUGGAAUAAAUGGCAGACCAUCUAUAGAAAAAUGUAAAAAAGCCAGAGAAAGAAAUGAAAGUCUUAAAGAUGUUGCUGAGUUAAAUACAAGCAAUAUUAUUUCAGAAGGACGCGUUACACGUGCUCAGAGAAAUAAAGAUUCCAAUAAAGACUCGUCAAAACAACCAGAGACACCUACAAAAUAUCGUGAAGCACGUAGUACCUUUAAAAGAGUUUUAACUGUUGUUGAUAGUGAUUCAGAAUGAAGCAUCAUAAAGUUUUAAACAAGUAUUUGAACAAGUUAAAUCAUUGAUAUUAUGUGUAUUAUUUUUUAUGUAUCUACCUUUUGUGGCAGGUAUAUAUGUAUACUAUAUUUAUUUU